AAACAUUCCUUUAUACUACAAUGAUGGGAGACUGCAUAGCCAUCCGGGUUAAACCGGUUUUAAGCUAGGAUAGCAAACAUGUUGAAGCUUAUCGGCAACGGACAUUAUUGCGUGGUGAUCAUUGUUGUUAUUGCAAGAACAAAAAGACCCAAUUGCAUCUGGCAGGCAAACUAGAUUUCAGCCCUAACUAUUGCUUCCACAUUGAAGAUCUUCCACACCACUGGACGCUAUCCCAUUUUUCCACUUCCUGACGACAAACCCUUCCAUGAGCUUCGAACACGUGACUGGUUAUUUUUUCACAGCAGCAUGAAUCCAAAAGUUCGCGUUUCUAGACACUUUUUGAGGUGUUAUAUGAAUUUCAAAAAGGUCAACACCCAAUCCGUUCUUUCUGCAUUGAGCAAUGUAAGAAGGCGACAUUUCAGUGAUUGUUCUCAAGCAGCAGGGCAACCAUUUUCUAUAUACAUCCACUGGCCGUAUUGUGAAAGCAAGUGUACAUACUGUAAUUUCAACAAAUACAUCAAUCCAGCUUCUCCUCCGAAUGAAAGAAUGCUAUCAGCCAUGAAACGUGAGCUGGCUUUUUACAUGAGACAUCCGAAGUUUGGUCUCCAAGCCCGCAAAUUACAUAGUAUCUAUUUUGGUGGGGGAACACCAACAUUGGCACCGGUCUCGACUAUUCAAUCAAUUAUAGACGAGAUAGACAAGACAAUGGGAGGAUUACACAGUGAUAUUGAAAUUACAAUUGAGGGCAAUCCUACAUCCAGCGAAAUCAGCAAACUUUCAUCGUUGCACACGAUCGGUGUCAACAGGCUGUCAUUGGGUAUUCAAUCUCUACGCGAUGAAGAUCUGCCUAUACUAGGACGUGAUCAUAAUACGAAGGAUGCCAUUCACGCUUUGGAGUCAGCUAAGCGAAUAUUUGGCGAUAAGGGCUUUACUUUCGACAUGAUAUUUGGGAGACCAGGCAACUCACUAGAUGAUUGGCAAAAAGAAUUGAAGCAAGCAUUAUCAAUCGCAGGAGAUCAUAUGUCCAUAUAUCAAUUGACACUUGAGCGUGGCACUCCUCUGUUCAAAGAUGUUAUGGCAGGAAAGUUGGCUCCAAUUGCUGGUCAAGAAGAGCUUGCGGACAUGUACGAGCAUGUCAUUGAGGCGACCGCGCAGCAUGGAUUAUUUCAUUAUGAGGUUUCAAAUUAUGCGAGAACUACAGCAGCUAUGAGCCGCCAUAACUUCUCAUACUGGCGUGGCAUGGACUACAUAGGCAUUGGCCCUGGAGCUCACGGACGACUGACACAACUGAACGGCGAAAGGUUACGUACAUUUGGCGAAUUCCAUCCUGAGCGAUGGAUGGCUCAAUGUGAAGAUGAAGGUGACGGGAUUAGGAAAAUGAUUCCUAUGGAGCAUCGCCAGAUUCCAGAGGAACUGGUGUUGUUUGGACUUCGAACAAAGCUCGGUAUACCUCGCUCUAGAUUUAGUACAAUGACAGGCGGGAAAAAGCUGGAAGAUGCUUUAAGAGGCGAUGUAAUCAAAAGUUAUGUAGAGCAUGGAUUACUCAUUGAUGAAGGCAAAACAGAAAAUAAUGUGCAGACAUCGGCACCGGAAUUCGUUCCAGCCGACUGUGUCAGCGAAUUCUACAGCGGGACUAUUCGACCGACAGAAAAGGGUCUAGCUGUCAUAGACACCAUCAUUCCUAAUAUCCUUAAACCCACUGAUAGCUGAGAGAUAGAAACACUUUUGGCCAUUUGGAAACUAAUUUAAUGUUUCUUAAAUACAUUUGUUAUGUUUUAUGAUUGUCUCAUUUACGAAAUAAAUUACAAGAGGUGGUGGUGAAUGCAAUGCAGGCAUUAAAACGUGCUGAAUGUCUUGAGGAUUUGAGGUACGGGAAGGUCCAACUUUUCCAUGGUAUCGGCUGCCCAACGACAUGCCACAGAUAUGCAUCGGUUAAAGCUUUCAUGAGUGGACGAUACCACACGUUUGAACGUAUUAUUAUCUGUAUCGAUAAUACCAAAUUGCUUUUCGCCAUGGACUGGCUCUGGGUUCUGCUUGAAACCAAAUAUGUGUGAGUUUUGACAGUGUGAUACUAU